AUGGUCAACCAGCGGAAUCCGGCCAAGGGCCCCUUGCGCCCGAUCAACCCAAACGAGGACUCGCAGUCCUCGACCGCGCGCCAACUGCCCAAAACAGGCACACCUACCAGAGACUUCCGUGGAGUCUCUCGUGGGACAUUACGAUCCGAUAGCCGAGGUUCAUCCUCUUUCGAACCCGAUGCCCUCGCAGCCAGAUUUGACGCUAUGCGUGUGUCGACAACGCCAGAAUCGAACUCACGGGCGGCAAUUCCAAACACGUCUGCGCGUCGCAGUCAGCCGAUCCAACGCUCAGUCAGCCCUGAACUGGUAGAGAUUACGCGGGACGACUUCAAGCACCCAUCUCGACCGACUUCCAAGGAGAGCGACGCAAGCUCAGGCAACAAAUCAACGCUACCCUCUGAUGCAUUGGAAUCCUUCUUCUCGGACACAAAACGUCGCGAUCCUUUACAUUCUUCACCACACCAGCCGGUCUUUGGCCAUCCCACCAAGAUUAUUUCCUCUCUCAAGCAAAAGGCUGCAGGCGUCUUCAACGAACGUAGAUCUCGACCCGAGCACCAUAGACCUCAAAAUGUAGCCAUGCCGUCUGUUCCCCUAUAUCAGGACAAGAAACCGGACCCGCGCACGUUGUACAGCUCUAUUGGUCCAGAUGCCAACCCUUCCACCUACAGACCUCCCGGCAGCUUUGGAGAAGCCGAGUUCUAUACCGAUCCGGCGAAAGCCUCAGCCGACCUGAAGGCACUGUUGGAGGGCGGCAUGGAGUCGGACGAUGAGGAAACUCAAAACAAGGAAGCCGAAGCGGCUGUCAAUGAUGGUACUAUGGAAGGUCUCAAGGUGAAGCUCCUUCCCCACCAAGUUGAAGGUGUUGAGUGGAUGCGAGGUCGUGAGCUUGGCCCAGUCAAGAGAGGCAAGGUCCCAAAGGGUGGUAUUCUGGCAGACGACAUGGGCCUUGGUAAGACUCUGCAAACCAUCUCCCUGAUCCUUAGCAACCAGAAGCCUUCCAAAGGCGAUAAAGGCUACAAGAAGCAUUUCGAGGGCAUCGAAAGGACGACGCUUGUAGUCGCGCCCCUGGCGUUGAUCAGGCAAUGGGAGUCGGAAAUCAAGGAAAAGGUGGCUAAGAAUCACGGGCUUAAUGUUUGCGUUCAUCAUGGGCCACAACGCACCAAGAGGUUCAAGGACCUUGCCGCCUACGAUGUGGUUGUGACCACUUAUCAAGUCCUGGUUUCCGAAUGGGGCCACUCGUCCGAGGAUGACAACGGCGUCAAGGCAGGAUGUUUUGGCCUUCAUUGGUGGCGUGUGGUUCUUGAUGAAGCACAUACCAUCAAGAACCGCAAUGCAAAGUCGACAAAGGCAUGCUACGCGCUGCGUUCAGAGUACCGCUGGUGUUUGUCGGGAACCCCAAUGCAGAACAAUCUGGAAGAGUUGCAGUCCCUCAUCAAGUUCUUGCGGAUUAAGCCAUAUGACGACCUGAAGGAAUGGAAAGAGCAGAUUGAGAAGCCUCUGAAGAACGGCAAAGGACAUGUUGCUAUUCGCCGCCUCCACAGUCUUCUACGGUGCUUCAUGAAGCGACGUACCAAGGAUAUUCUCAAAGAGGAGGGGGCCCUCAAUCCAGGUGGCAAGCCGACGAAGGACGGUGAGAAGUCUAGCACAGGCUUCAAGGUCACUGAGCGCAAGGUCGUUACCGUGGCUACGAUGUUCUCUCCUGCUGAGCGCCGCUUCUACGACAGACUGGAAACUCGAGCCGACGAGAGUAUCGAGAGGAUGUUGAAGGGGAAGGUAGACUAUGCUAAUGCCUUGGUCCUUCUUCUGCGGCUCAGACAAGCUUGCAAUCACCCCAAGCUGCUUGAGGGCAAGCUCGACAAGGACAAGGAUGCGCUGUCCACUGACACAUCCAACAAGAACUCCUCGGCAGACAUGGAUUCUCUGGCCGACAUGUUCGGCGGAAUGGGCAUCGUCACAAAGACAUGCAGUAUCUGUGGACGAAACCUUCCCAAGGAUGUUGUCAGCAGCGAUAGAGAUACCUGUCAAGAAUGCUAUGAUGAUCUGGCCUACUUCAAGGAACAUGAGACACCAAAGACAAAGAAGCCUAAGCACAAGAAGGGCAAAGUCAAGGGGAUUGUGAAGAAGCCUGCGGCAGCCGAGGCUGAGGACGGAACACCAUACAAGCCUAGAGCACGCCGACCUAGAAACAGGAACAUUGUUGUCGACAGUGAUGACGAAGAAGCAGAUGGCAGCUGGCUCGUACCUGAGGACCAGCGUUGCCAACUGCGAAUGGGGAAGGCCGGCGGCGAGGAUGACGAGAACGCCGAGGGCGGCGGCGACUGGAUUGGAUCCGACGACUCUGAUCAUGAAUCCGAGAACGAAGAAGACGGCAAUCAACUUGACAGCUUCGUUGUUAAAGACGAUGAGGAUAGACGUGGGCGAAGCGUGGAAGAGAGUUACGCAUCCGAUGACAGCCUCCCUUCGAUAGCAGCGAUAGCAUCGCAGGUGAAGGAGGAGAACUUUGAUGCGUCGCAGUCAUCGCAUACCGACUCGGAAAGCGAAACCGAAUCGGAAGAGGACAUGGGCGUGGACGAGUUGGAGCUCCAUUCUGACAAUGAUACGAAUUACAACCCUGACGGCCAGGUGUCUCACAUCCUAGCCUCCGCCAAGAUCCGUCAGAUGAUGCAAAUUCUGCAUAAGGAAGUCGACCAACACAAAUUCAUCGUGUUCUCGCAGUUCACUUCCAUGAUGGAUCUUGUUGAGCCCUUCUUUCGCAAGGAGGGUUUCAAGUUCACUCGCUAUGACGGUAGCAUGAAAAACGACGAGCGGGAGGCCAGUCUGCACCGUCUCCGUAACGAUAAGAACACACGGAUCCUGCUGUGCAGUCUCAAGUGCGGCAGCCUGGGACUUAACCUGACGGCAGCCACUCGCGUCAUCAUCCUAGAACCCUUCUGGAACCCCUUCGUCGAAGAGCAAGCCAUUGACCGAGUCCAUCGCCUUACACAAACAGUUGACGUCAUUGUCUACAAGCUCACCGUCGAGAAGACGGUGGAGGAGCGUAUCCUCGCGCUGCAGGAGAAGAAGCGUCUUCUUGCUGAGACGGCUAUUGAGGGAGGCAUGAAGAAGGAUGCCUUCAAGCUCGGCUUCAAGGAAAUUAUGGACCUGUUCCGCCGCGAUGCACCCGAUGCGGUCUCCCGUGGCGACGACAGCUACGUCGAGCCGUCCUCUCGUAGCACCUCUGCGAGGACCAGCAGACAGGGUUCUCCGGAGACCAACUUGCUGGCCGGUAAGGCCAGGAGGGCGCCCAAAAAGAUGGAACAUGAAAUGUUUGGCCGGCGUUGGUAG